CUUUUUUCAGUUUCCAAUAUUGUGACGUGAUACGAAUUGGGCUUUCAACAGCUGCUGUCAUUUAUAAUUUUAUACUUUUCGUGUGCCACUAAUUUUCUAAUUUUACUUUUACAAAAUGUUGGAUUUAUUUACCAUUUUCAGCAAGGGUGGAAUAGUGUUGUGGUGCUUUCAAGGGACCAGUCAAAUAUUCUCACCCUCAGUCAACGCAUUGAUAAAAACUGUUAUAUUGCAGGAGCGAACCGGCAAUAACAGUUAUGAUCACAAUUCGUUGACCAUAAAAUACAAGCUUGACAAUGAGUUUGAACUUGUGUUCGUCGCUGCUUACCAGAAAAUCUUGCAGCUAAUGUACAUAGACAAAUUCCUCGAUGAUGUUCACUUGCGCUUUAGAGAUGCUUUCAAGAAUGAGUUGUCGAAAGGAGCCAUCUACCAGAGUUUUCCUUUCGCGGACGGUUUCCAAGCAGUUUACAAAGCUGCCGAAGAAUGGGGAAAAUUGCAAGCCCGUGCGCAAAAGCCAAUGCGAUCUUACGAAGACUCUCUCAAGUCCAAAAAGACUGUCGGAUCAAUGGUUGAGCGAAAAGGAGAUAACAAAGAAAACAAAAAGAAAGAAAAACCAGUUGCGGUGAAAGCUCCAGAACCGGUAAAAGAGGAGAAAAGUGUGAAUGGUGAGCUGACAGAAGAGGUAAUCGCCCAGAACAGAGCCAAACUAGCAUCAAAGUUGGGGUCACCAACCAUGAAAAAACCAAAAAAAAGUCCAAAGCCAAAUGAAGGAGGCAAAAAGCCCAAAGCGAAACGUGUUUGGGACCUAAGUGGAAAAAGUAGUGAUCUGGCAACAUUGGAACGGACAAAAGAUAAGCCACCCGAAGGAGAAUCUGAAAAGGAACUGGCAACUGAUCAAAAUAUGGUUGGUCAGAUGGUUGGUGGCAUCCGUGACAUCGAAAUCGAAAGUGAAGAGUCAGAUUCAGAAACCGAAGAAGAGGAUGAAGAGGAAGUUGGAGCAAAACCUGCUGUCACCGAAACCAAAAAAUCUAGAGGUGUUUUUUCCUUAUUCAGAGGUCUUGUCGGAAGCAAAAGCCUCUCGCAAGAAGACAUGUUACCAGUACUCGAUAAACUUAAAGAUCAUCUCAUUGGUAAAAAUGUUGCUGCAGAUAUUGCUGUAAAACUCUGUGAUUCCGUUGCAGCUAAGCUGGAAGGCAAGGUAUUGGGAACUUUCGAAAGUGUUACAUCAACAGUCAAAGCAACCUUGACAGAUGCAUUAGUGCAGAUUUUAUCUCCAAAACGGCGCGUAGAUAUCCUGCGAGAUGCCCUCGAAGCUCGGGCAAAGGGCCGUCCAUUUGUAAUGGCAUUUUGUGGUGUAAACGGUGUUGGCAAAUCAACAAACCUUGCCAAGAUUUGUUUCUGGCUGAUAGAGAACAAUCUAAGAGUGUUGAUCGCAGCUUGCGACACUUUCAGAGCAGGAGCUGUCGAGCAGUUGAGAACCCACACUCGUCAUCUGAAUGCAUUGCACCCUCCCGCCAAACACAAUGGCUUGCAGAUGGUUCAACUUUACGAAAAAGGCUAUGGCAAAGACGCUGCUGGAAUUGCAUUAGAAGCCAUUAGUUACGCAAGGGACUCAAAAAUUGAUGUGGUUUUGAUUGAUACAGCUGGGCGGAUGCAGGACAACGAGCCACUAAUGAGAGCAUUAACCAAGCUUGUGAAAGUGAAUGAGCCAGACCUUGUGCUGUUUGUGGGAGAAGCGUUGGUGGGCAAUGAAGCUGUGGACCAGUUGGUCAAAUUCAACCAAGCUAUGGCAGACCAUUCCUCCUCUGCUAAUCCACAUCUCAUCGAUGGAAUUGUGCUCACAAAGUUUGAUACUAUUGAUGAUAAGGUGGGCGCGGCCAUUUCCAUGACCUACAUUACUGGUCAGCCGAUCGUUUUUGUGGGAACAGGACAGACUUACACUGAUUUGAAGUCUUUGAACGCAAAAGCUGUUGUACACGCUCUUAUGAAGUAACUGAUUCAAGCUCCGAUUCUGAUCGUAUUUGUCUGCACAUCAAAGUGAACCCCUCUCGUAAAAAAUUGUUCUCCAACAAUCACCCAAACCAAUCUUUAUUGCCUUAUAAUGGUUAAAAAAAAAUAUAAAAAAAAAACAUAUCUUGAUCUGCGAAAGAUUUUUCAUCUUAAUUUUAUAUUUACAAAGAAAAACUAGUGAACAUUAUUUCUUGAUAUUUUUACUGAUCUUUCUUCAUUCUAUUCCAAACAUUCUGUAAUUAUGUUGAAGAAUAACAUUCAUUUGUUUUUCUUUAAACAAAAUAGAUUAAUGGUGGAUAUUUUAAAAUAUUGCAAUUAAGAUGUGUGAUUUUUAACUUUUACCAUUGCUUAGUUUCUCCUUAUGUAAAAUGUAAUUCAACGUUAAGUCAAUGGGAUAUUUUAGAAGGGUAAGUUUUGAUAAUUUUUACUGGGAGGUUGCAUUUUAAAAGUCUAAUAAUAUAGAAUUCUAAUUACUUUCAAAUAUGAACUUUUUUUUGUUCAAAUCUCAAAUUUUUUCGAAAUCAGAAAUUUUUCAACAAUACAUGUAGAAUUUAAAAUUUUUGAAUUUUAAGUCAACACUUUUUGCCAUUAAGUACCUCUAUUUAAAUUAAAUUUUUAAGGAAAUUCAAACUGUAAAGAGAAAAAAUGACUCAUUCUUAAAUUAUCACAGGUAUAAAAAUUCAUUCUAAGUGAAUGACAACAAGCAAUAACCUAAUUUAAUUCUGAGCAGACCAGUGUUUAAAAGAAAUAUUCUACUGUACUGAAACUGCGCAUUCAGUAAAAUGUUAAUCCUAAGCAGUUUCGUUUCUCUGAAUUUUACUGGCGUUCGUGAAAUCGGGAAAAGAGGACCAUGUUCAUCUUAACCUUUUCAUAACUACUUGUAGGUUAAUUAAUUUUGUGUCAAAAAUUCCAUUUUUUGCCAUUAUACAAGUUGAAAACAGAAAUCAUAAGAUUUAUUGAUUCUCUCUAAUCGAAAUUUACAUAGAAAAAGUACUUAAAUCACAACUCCCUGACACAUGUAAGAGCUCCAUUUUGAUGAUUUUUCCUCACUACUACACUUCCUCUGCUCUACAUUAUCAGGAGCACUUAAAAACUUACCACCAUCUCAUUUUUUCUUCAGUCUCACGCACUACAUUAUGAUUUAUGCAUAUUAUUUUCCAGCAAGGAUCUUUGAAUCGAAAAUGCUACUUUAUAUUAAAAUCUGUAGUGAGCGAUUUUAGGAACUCCAAUUAUAUUUAAGUAUGAUUACGUAUUUUCAUUUUUAAAUGAUUCCAUCAACACAGGAAAGAUGAUCAAAAAUAGUGCACGCAUUAUCAUCCAUCAAAAUAGUGAUUCUUUUUCCUCUGUUUUUCACUUUGAUUGCUUACCUGUCAUCUUGAAUUUGCUAAUAAUGAAGCACAUAGUGCAUGAUUCCAAGAAAAAAAUCAGAUUUAUGUCUACAAAUUAGCAUUAAGCUGCUCUGGAAUAACUUCAAAUUAUAAUGAAACUUACGAAAUGCCUGUAUUGUAUAGAAUUCAGGUGACGGUUUUUUUUAGGUUUAUAUUUUUACCUCAGUCCAAGGCAAUUAUAUAUUGUUGAUUUAUUUAAAAAAAA